GUUGAGUGUAAACGCCACUACGCGCAUAUUACGAGUUGCUGUUAUUUCCAAGACGUGCCUACUAGCAGCAACCAGCAUAUUUGUUUUCAAGAUUACGUCAUUACAUCGUCUUGAACACAAGGCUCAAUACGAAAUUCCAAAUCCUUCCAUCAGUUUACAAACACCAGUUGAGUUAUAAAGUUUAGUGCCUUAAAAUAGAAGAUGAUAAAAGCGUGUUGUGACUGCUUAUUCGGGUCUCCAAACGAGCAACAAUAUAAUGAACAUACUACUAGUAUACAAUUAAACUCUGUAAAUCGACAAGUGCCACCCUGGCCAAAGCCACGAUCACAGUCGGAAACAAUGUUCUUAAUACCUAAAGAACUAAAUCCAGAAGAUGAAGUCUCAAUUCAAGGAACAGUAACAAGCAAUCCUAACAGACUAACAUUCAGUGUAACAAUGGAAAAUGGUGACUAUUAUCAAUUAGAAAUGAAUUUUGUUGAAAAUAGACUGUUUAUAAGAAAAAUGGAACAAAAUUAUACUGAGGAUAUUAAUGGAAGACAUGAAAAUAUGCAAGCAACUGAUUUAAUUACAGGAUCCCAGUUCAACUUGGGUUUCACUUGUGGAGAAAAAAAUGGGAUUGGGUACUAUAUAAAAAUAAAAUACGAUGGAUAUUCUCUGGAGGAGUUUGAAAUAAGCAACAGUUGUGAUAAAAUCCGAUAUGUAAGCCUAGAUGGUGAUAUCGAAAGAGUGAAUAAAUUAGAAUUUAUGUUCUCAUAAU